AUUAAUGGUUGAAAUUGUAGAAAGUAAAGAAAUUUUGAUAAAUUUGAUCAACCUUAUUUGGAAAGCAACCAGUGGAAAAGUUGUUACUGUUACUUUCAAUAACCAGUUACGCUUAGCAACCAUCUUAUUAGAUAAUAGAACCAAUGCUACCGUAAAUUUAGAAAGAAUUGCUGAUAAUAAGAACAUUCCAAAAUAUCAACUAUAUAAUAAAAGUGUUAGUGACAACUUGGAACAUGAACAAGACAUGGAUAAAUUAAUUAAUGUUGUCUCUGAAAUGUUUAAUCAAUCAAAAAAUAGCAUACAAGCAGAUGAUGUUGAUAAUGUGUGCCAACUUAAUAAUGAACGUGUUAAUAUUAAUAAUCAGGAUGACGAAAGAAAUGAUGAGAAAUGUAGAUGUUUGGAUACUCCUGUAGAUUCAUUUAUUCAAAGAAAGAAACCAAAAUCAAUAGAAGCUUCAGAUUCUUUAAAUUUGGCUUCAGAAGGUUCAGAUUCGACUUCAGAAGCUUCAGAUUUGGCUUCAGAAGCUUCAGAUUUUUUAUAUACAAUUUCAGAAGUAAACAGCCUGCCUAUCAACAGAUAUUUUAAUAAAGCCUUGAUAUCAUCAUUAAAACCAGAACUAUUGCCAAUGCUAAUGGAAGAUGUUAAUAGUUGCACCUCUUAUCUUCGAAUUUGGGAUUUUUAUUAUAAUCAUUGUAUAAGAGAAAUCGGAAACCAGGAUUACAAAAUGUUAAAACUUAUUUGUUUAUUAUCUGAGGUUUUUUUCAACAUGUUAAAGAUUUGUCAUCAAGAACAAGAUAAUGAAAAGGCAUUAGAGAAAAAUACAGGUUAUUGGAAGGGGAGGGAUAUUAAAUCACGAAUGAACAAACUCUAG